CCGACCCCGGGACUGCCAGCCGAACUGGCGCUGGCCCACUGCGCCCUUACUGACCCCUACGCCCCACGCCCCGCGCCCAGUCUCCGCAAGUCCUCCCACAACAAUGUCCAGACUAAUUGCCUUCCCACGUCACAAAUGGGGAAACGGAGGUACGCACGCCCAGAGACGGGAGGAGCUUGGCCUCGAUCCCCACCGAGAGCUGACGGCCGCCCAGACGGCCGCCCGGACUGCCGCCCUCAGAGAAUCCUAGACCCCAGUCCUUCCAAGACCCUUUGCCGACUGCAGCGGAAAGAAACCGGCGUCUGCCACUGAGACCAAACUGACAGAGGAACUGGCCACUCUGAUGUCCUUUCCGGAGGGGAGCUUAGCCAGGGACUUUUGCCCUUCCCGGCCCGGGCCUCUGGGGGCGAUUCCGGCUAGGUACCACGGGCCGAGGGCGUGGCCUCGCUUGUGAGCCCGCCCUCUCCGCGUGGCUCCCGCCUUGAGGGCGGGGCUCUUUCCCAAGUGCCCUCUGGGCGAGCCUGGACGCUCUCUCCCGGGCGUGGCGAAGAGGGGCGGAGUCACGAGCGCGGCAAUGAGACUUCCUGCCCAUUCGCUGGCUAGCCUAGCGCUUUGGCCGACGGCUCAUUUCCGGUGGGGGUGCCGCGCCCAGUGAGGGCCCGGAAGUGGGUCGCGCGGAGAUUGCUGGGCGGUUCUUGCCGGAAGUGGAGAGCCGCUGAUCGCAGUCCGGAGGUGAGGCAGAACUCUGAGCAGGUGAUACAUUAUGGCUGACAUGCAAAAUCUGGUAGAAAGAUUGGAGAGGGCAGUGGGCCGCCUGGAGGCAGUAUCCCAUACCUCUGACAUGCACCGUGGGUAUGGAGACAGUCCUUCAAAAGCAGGAGCAGCUCCCUAUGUGCAGGCAUUUGACUUACUGCUUGCCGGUCCCGUGGCAGAGUACUUGAAGAUCAGUAAAGAGAUUGGGGGAGACGUGCAGAAACAUGCGGAGAUGGUCCACACAGGUUUGAAGUUGGAGCGAGCUCUUUUGGUUACAGCAUCUCAGUGUCAACAGCCAGCAGAUAACAAGCUUUCCGAUUUGUUGGCACCCAUCUCAGAGCAGAUCAAAGAAGUGAUAACCUUUCGGGAGAAGAACCGAGGCAGCAAGUUGUUUAAUCACCUGUCAGCUGUCAGCGAAAGCAUCCAGGCCCUGGGCUGGGUGGCUAUGGCUCCCAAGCCUGGCCCUUAUGUGAAAGAAAUGAACGAUGCUGCCAUGUUUUAUACAAACCGAGUCCUCAAAGAGUACAAAGAUGUGGAUAAGAAGCAUGUAGACUGGGUUAAAGCUUAUUUAAGUAUAUGGACAGAGCUGCAGGCUUAUAUUAAGGAGUUUCAUACCACUGGACUGGCAUGGAGCAAAACGGGGCCUGUAGCAAAAGAACUGAGUGGACUGCCAUCUGGACCCUCUGCUGGAUCAGGUCCUCCUCCCCCUCCACCAGGCCCCCCUCCUCCGCCAGUCUCUACCAGUUCAGGCUCAGAUGAGUCUGCUUCCCGCUCAGCGCUGUUUGCGCAGAUUAAUCAGGGGGAGAGCAUCACACAUGCCCUGAAACACGUAUCUGAUGACAUGAAGACUCACAAGAACCCUGCCUUGAAGUCUCAGAGUGGUCCAGUACGCAGUGGCCCCAAGCCAUUCUCUGCACCUAAACCCCAAACCAGCCCAUCCCCCAAACCAGCCACAAAGAAGGAGCCAGCUAUACUUGAACUGGAGGGCAAGAAGUGGAGAGUGGAAAAUCAGGAAAAUGUUUCCAGCCUGGUGAUUGAUGACACAGAGCUGAAACAGGUGGCUUACAUUUACAAGUGUGUCAACACGACAUUGCAAAUCAAGGGCAAAAUUAACUCCAUUACAGUAGAUAACUGUAAGAAACUUGGCCUGGUAUUCGAUGACGUGGUGGGCAUUGUGGAGAUAAUCAACAGUAGGGAUGUCAAAGUUCAGGUAAUGGGUAAAGUGCCAACCAUUUCCAUCAACAAAACAGAUGGCUGCCAUGCUUACCUGAGCAAGAAUUCCCUGGAUUGUGAAAUAGUCAGUGCCAAAUCUUCUGAGAUGAACGUCCUCAUUCCUACAGAAGGCGGUGACUUUAAUGAAUUCCCAGUUCCUGAGCAGUUCAAGACCCUAUGGAAUGGGCAGAAGUUGGUCACCACAGUGACAGAAAUUGCUGGAUAAACGAAGUGCCACUGGAUUCUUUGCCCUCCCUUCACACCAUGGGAUAAAUCUGUAUCAAGACGGUUCUUUUCUAGAUUUUCUCUACCUUUCUGCUCUUAAAACUGCUUCUCUGCUUUGAGAAGCACAGCUACCUGCCUUCACUGAAAUAUACCUCAGGCUGAUUUGGGGUGGGAUAGCAGGUCAAUUGAUCUUCUGCAGGAAGGUGCAGCUUUUCCAUAUCAGCUCAACCAUGCUGCCAGUCCAUUCUGAAGGAACUGCCAACCAGGACUGAUGAUGCAUUUUAGCUUUGAGCUUUUGGGGGUUAUUCUACCAACAAA